AUGAACAGGUUCCAGCUCAAUGAAGAGCAUAUCACUCCUGCUAGACCCUGGAACCGUCAACCAGAUGGCGGUGGUAGUGGCGGCGGUGGGAGGAACCUGGUGACGGUAUCGCUCGGGGAUAGUGGAGAGCUAGACGGGUACGUCGUGGCCUCCACCACGUGUGCGCCGAACGGCACACCGACUGUGGAGACGGUGGAGGUUCGCCAGCUGACCGACCGGGGACUCACUCACGUCCAGGGGCUCGAAAAAUAGAAAUGAUUGUGCCACAUGUUUCGAGGUAGUGGCAAAAAGCGGCACAUUGAAGGUUGACUACGCUUGCCAUUGACUAAAGUUCUGCCCACCUGUUCUUCAUUACAUUUUGAUACAGCUUUCUGGCUGGCGGGUCGCUGGGGGUGUGGAGUGAACCUUACGACCGUGCUUGAUUCUCGUUAGGUUGUCGAACAUCCCAUAAUAUACAGCACGUACGUUUGUGCUUGUCGUCUUUUCGUGGUUGUUGGUUUCCACAGCAAAUCUCCAUCAAAAACUUGCUGACCGGUGGGCAGAGCGCCGUCAUGCGUACCUGGGCUCGCGUGCCAAUGACCGGGGAGGACCACCUUCGGUUGCUUGCUGCUUAACAUGCUGCUAGCCUAGCCGUUCUAAGCGAGUCGGAUUAAACUGUAGGUGCGUUGCCGGCUUCAUUCAUUCUCAGUUUGCAUGCUUUUUCCGGACUUUGUCUGCAUGAGGGCUGUGGGGCGGAGAGAGCAGGGUUUGAAGACGAGUACAAUAAUAUUAAUUGCUCGACGGUUGGGGCCUAGACUCCCACGAUGAAGAAUGGCAAAUAUAUUCUAUGUCGACAGAAAUGUAGAAAACCCGAAGUCGGGAGUAGAGCGAGUCGAGCUUGUUUCAUUUGCGUUCCUGCUGCAUUGCGAACAAUAAUUUCUAUCGUUGAACGGAGGAGGGUCGAAGAAGCGGUUGGUAUUUUGAUUCGUCAACGUACACACCUUACCUACCAUGAAUGAAUCUGAAAUGUCGACAUCAGUUUUCCCUUUUUUGCUUUGCCUGGCUGCUGCUGCUGUUCAAGGUGCUGCUAGACAACCAAGGGAAAUUGGGGGUUGGUAGAUGUUUAUUUCUUUUAAUGUAGACUAUGCAUACAUAGUCUAUGCUGUGGGAUAUUCUUCCAGUAACCCUUUUCAUUCUCCUGCCGGCGGAGCUCGCCACGCGGAACGCCAAGGUGAACUGCGGAGGUUCGGAAAGGCGCACCCUGCGAGAAUAUGUAUGUUCAGUCAGUCAUGUCAUCAUAUGGCAUGGAAUUCAUGUUUGUUUGUUUUCUGGUGGUUGCUUUCCCAGCGUGUAUCGUGCCCCCGGGUUGUUUGCUGUGGCUACAUGUAGCUGAAGAUGUACACAUCGCUAAACAUUAAGUGCUUUCUCUCGGGCGAGAACAGCAUUGAUUCUUUGGUUUCCUUCCUUUUUCUGUUUUUCUCUUGAUAUGACCCAACGAAUCUAUCGCUAAGAAAAAACGUUGCGUGUCUAUUUCCCCUGCUUCGGUCUGACGUCCAGGACGGUUUGUAUUUUCCUUCGCGCUCAGACGCGUUUGUGCAUUUAGGAACAGUCAAAUGACAUGCACUUGGUUCCCUUCAGUCAAGUGCCUGUUUAUGCUGUUUUCGGUGUUUUGAUAUGGCUCCCGGGUGUGUGUGCUGUGUUUUGCAGCCGAAUAUAUAUAUAUACAAGGUCCCCCUUCGGGACGUUGGUGUCAGGCCCCCCGGGGGUGACGCAAGUAGGAAAGGAAGUAGUGAAGUCAUGGAUGAAACUGCAAAGUUCGGUAGUGCUCGCCCCCGUACAAAACAUCGCAUGUAUCAUGGGACGGAGGAGGUGGAAAGGGUUGGCCGACGAGGGUAACUCUUAUGUUAAGGUUGUAUAACUGUUGGGCAGCUACAAUCUCGACGUGGGUUGCGUAGGCAGUUGGAACCGAGAUGAGUUGGAGGUACUCCGGAACAUUUUGGUAGGUUUGUUGAGGUUGACCAGCUAUUUGAAUAUUCUCUGAAUUUAUUCCAACAAAUAUGGAGUCGAAGAAGGUGUUUCCUCCAGAAUUUGGGAUGGGGUUGUGGAGGUUGUCAUUGAUGUGGUCGAUGAGUUGCGUUCUGACUAAGUGCCCCGCGCGGGCGGCGGGGUAGAAGCAGCCGUAGGAGCAGCCGGCGGAGAGGAUCCAGCGGUGGAGGACGAUGGUUUGGUAGCGGGGCUGGAGGCUUGGCGGCUUUGGCGAGGCAUGGAUGUACGGUGUUUAUUGUGUGAAAGCCGCUCUGGCGGUGUGAGCCGUGAUUUGUGAUUAGAUGGG